AUGUCUGGACGCGGCAAAGGCAGCAAAGGUCUGGGGAAAGGCGGUGCUAAGCGCCACUGCAAGGUUCUGUGUGACAACAUCCAGGGCAUCACUAAACCUGCUAUCCGCCGCCUGGCUCGUCGUGGUGGUGUGAAGCGCGUCUCCGGGCUCAUCUAUGAAGAGACCUGCAGGGUCCUGAAAGUGUUUCUGGAGAACGUGAUCCGGGACAUGGUCACCUACACCGAGCAUUCCCGACUGAGAGCUGGCAUCAGGGAAGUGCCCUGCAUGCAGAUGGCUUCAUUGAACUUGAGUUCUGUAUAA